GGAGCGGAAGUGAAGGAACAGCCGGAAGUAGCCGGAAUCUCAGCGACCCAGGUGUUGACAGCAUCCCCCGGUGCUGAGAGGCUGGGGCAGCGGCCAUGGAGCUGAGUGAGCAGCUCUACAACAAGUCAGAAUACAUCGAGACGGCCUCUGGAAAUAAAGUGAGUCGCCAGUCAGUGUUGUGUGGAAGCCAGAAUAUUGUUCUUAACGGCAAGACCAUCAUCAUGAAUGACUGUAUUAUCCGAGGAGAUCUGGCAAAUGUAAGAGUUGGACGCCACUGCGUGGUGAAAAGUCGUAGUGUCAUAAGGCCACCAUUCAAGAAGUUCAGCAAAGGUGUUGCAUUCUUUCCUUUACAUAUCGGGGACCAUGUCUUUAUUGAGGAAGACUGUGUGGUCAACGCCGCUCAGAUUGGUUCUUAUGUUCACGUGGGCAAGAACUGUGUGAUUGGGCGCCGGUGUGUGUUGAAAGACUGCUGCAAAAUUCUUGACAACACAGUAUUGCCUCCAGAAACCGUGGUCCCACCCUUCACCGUCUUCUCAGGAUGCCCAGGACUCUUCUCAGGGGAGCUCCCAGAAUGCACUCAGGAGCUGAUGAUUGACGUCACCAAGAGCUACUACCAGAAGUUUUUGCCACUGACGCAAGUCUAGUGUCUGCCUCUUGUGUUGAAUUUGCGUGAGCACUAAGAUAAACUUGGGGAACAAAGUGACCAGUCAAUGUCUGUAGGAGCAAUUACGUCCUUGCCAUCUUCCAUCUACCUUUUUUUUUUUUUAAGUUAGAUUUUUCCAAUCGUACAAGGCUCUAAGUGCUGAAGAAUUUACUGAGAGCUUCUGGAGGCGCCGUUGUCACGUCGUACACAUACCUGACCUAUCAGUGGCCACUGUGUACCACUAUCUGGAACUCGGAAUCAGCUGUUCCCAGCCCCACAGCCUGCACAUGCAGGAUGCUGAUGCUGGCUGACGGGGGCCUCCAGAGCUGCAUGUCCUACCCUCCGUGCCCUGAACCCUAAGCCCAUCACAUCCCACUGCGAGCAGCUUCCCUGCUGCUCCCAUUUGGCAGUAGCCGUAAUUGUAGUUCCUAAUCCCGAGGAAAAGUGUUUGUAGUUUCAAGGUCCAUACUGCUAUUACAAGUCAAAAGGGCAGGAUGGUUGGUGCUGCUCUUCUUUCCCAAGGGACUUCAGCUGGCAAUGUGGUUAAUAAAAAAACGUUUGUUGUAGCA